AUGCCCGGUGCUCCCUCCGCCACUGCGCUGAUCAGAAGAGAGCCCUUCUCCUGGAAGAGACUCCCGCCCCCAGCAAUGAUCGCUGCAAGCCCCGCAGACACCGUGUGUGGUCCGUGUGUCCUGCCGAGAGCCCUCAGCUCCGCAGCAGGUGAUGGACGGUCCGUGGGAGCAGCGCUCCCGCAGCCCGGGCUCCUGCUGCGGGGGGAGGCAGAGCCACGGGCGGCCCCGGGCCCGGAGGGCAGAGCCGGGCAGGGAAGAUCCCUCUUCUCCCUCCCGGCCCCGCUCUCCCCGGCAUGGCUCUGUCCCUGGCCGGCGAGCUACCCCUCUUUCCUCCCUCCCGCCCAUUACUUCGAGACAGCCCCCGACUUCUUCCAGCCCCUGAAACCCCUGGGCGGGCUGGUUUCCUCCGAGCCGCCUCUGCCUCCCUUCACCUACAGCAGGGUCCCCGCUUUCCUGAGCCAGCCGCCCGCCCUGCUCACCGACCCUUUCCCCAGCCUUCCUUUGCCCGUCUACACCGGGCUGCCGGCGCCCUUCCCUCCCAGCGAGGGCUCGGCCCUCGGGCCGGGGGCCCCGGGGUCGCUGUCGCUGUCGCCGUGCCCGAGCCCCCCGCGCAGGGCUGCCCGCAGCCCGGGGGCGGACGGGGCGGCGGGGCACGGCCACAGGUACCGCUUCACCGAGGAGGAGCUCAACGCCGUGCUCUACGGGACACUCCGGAGCAGCCAGGCCACCGGCAAUCUGCACGCCAUCUCGGGGCUCCGGGUGUCCCCCGCCAGCUCGGGCCCUGCGGACUCGGCCGCGCCGCUCUUGGACCGGGACUCGCUGCAGCUGCCCGCAGGGCUCUCCGUGCUCCGGGUGGCCUACGGGGACGUGUCCCAGCUCGGAGUCUUCUGUACGGAGCCCAUCCCGAAAGGAGUCCGCUUCGGCCCCUUCCAAGGCAAAGUGGUCAACACGAGCGAGAUCAAGACUUACGACGACAACUCGCUGAUGUGGGAGAUCUUUGAAUACGGUGGCCUGAGCCACUUUAUAGACGGGAAGGGCGCCGCUGGCAACUGGAUGUCCCUGGUGAACUGUGCCAGGUUCCCCGAGGAGCAAAAUUUGACGGCUAUCCAGUGCCAGGGACAAAUCUUCUACGAGACCUGCAAGGAAAUCUUCCCGAAGCAGGAGCUGUUGGUGUGGUACGGCGAUUGCUACGUGCAAUUUCUGGGCAUCCCCAUCAGCUUGAAGGGCAUGGCAGAGGGGAAGAAACCCCCGGAGCACCCCGAAGAAGCCGGGGAGAGCUUCAAGUGUGAGCGCUGCGGCAAAGUUUUUGCCUACAAGUACUACCGGGACAAACACCUCAAGUACACCCGCUGCGUGGACCAGGGGGACCGCAAAUUUCCUUGUCACCUUUGUGACCGAUCCUUUGAGAAAAGAGACAGGCUGAGGAUCCACAUUCUCCACGUUCACGAGAAGCACAGACCUCACAAGUGCUCUGUGUGUGGGAAGAGCUUUUCUCAGUCCUCCAGCCUGAACAAACACAUGAGGGUUCACUCUGGGGAGCGCCCCUACAAAUGUGUCUACUGCAACAAGGCCUUCACAGCGUCCAGCAUCCUGCGCACCCACAUCCGGCAGCACUCGGGGGAGAAGCCCUUCAAGUGCAAGCACUGCGGCAAAGCCUUCGCCUCGCACGCGGCGCACGACAGCCACGUGCGGCGCACGCACGGCAAGGACGGGGGCUGCACCUGCUCCCAGUGCGGCCAGCACUUCCCCGAGCUGCAGGACUACAGCUGCCACAUGAAGAGCCACGCUGCUCGCUAG